UGCUUCAUUGAAGAACAUGUCUCGUACAACCACUGCACUUAUUUUCACCAACUCUCCAAAACAAGUGCACCCAAGAGAGAUUUUUAAAGAAAAAUGAUAGGGUGGGAGGAUGUAUACAAAGUUGUGGUAGCCAUGCUACCUCUAUACUUCGCACUACUCCUGGGCUAUGCAUCAGUAAGGUGGUGGGCCAUCUUCACUCCUGAACACUGCGACGCAAUCAACCGGCUCGUAUCGUUCUUCACGCUCCCGCUCUUCACAUUCGAGUUCACGGCUAAUAUCGACCCUUUCAAAAUGAACUACCGGUUCAUCGCGGCGGAUGCAAUAUCGAAGGUGAUUAUUGUAAUCGUUCUAGCAGCAUGGGCUAAGUGCAGUAGCAAAGGAAGUUAUUGUUGGUCUAUCACAAGCUUCUCUUUGUCUACUCUUACUAAUACGUUGGUUGUGGGGGUCCCACUGCUUAAGGCCAUGUAUGGACCAGACAGUCAGGAUCUUGUUGUACAGGCGUCUGUAGUGCAAGGGAUCGUGUGGCUGACGAUUCUUUUGUUCGUGUUGGAGAUUAGAAAGACUACUAGUGAUAUUGCGAUGGGGCCCAUCAGUGUGGACACUCAUGGUGUGGGGUCCACAAACCCAACAAAAGAUUUAGAGUGUAAUCAGCAGGGUGUGACAGUUGGAAGUAAGCCGUCGUUUUGGCAACUGAUGAAGAUCGUGUGGUUGAAACUUGCUCUUAAUCCUAACUCUUAUGCCAGCAUCGUUGGUGUUGUGUGGGCUUUUGUCGCAAAUAGGUGGCAUAUUAAAAUGCCGAUUUUGGUGGAGGGAUCGGUGAUGAUCAUGUCCAGAGCGGGCACUGGCAUGGCUAUGUUUAGUAUGGGGUUGUUCAUGGGAUUGCAGGAGAAGCUAAUAGUUUGUGGGCCAUGCCUGACUGUGGUUGGGAUGGUGUUGAGGUUUUUCGCAGGGCCUGCAGCGAUGGCGAUCGGAGCCAUUGCCAUGGGUCUGCAUGGCACGGUCUUACGUGUGGCUAUCAUUCAGGCAGCAUUGCCACAAUCCAUCACGUCCUUCAUCUACGCGCGAGAGUAUGGAUUGCAUGCUGACGUGCUUAGUACCGCGGUGAUCUUUGGAAUGCUGGUUUCCUUGCCUGUGUUGAUUGCAUACUAUAUAGUUCUAGGAUUUUUGAGUUAAUCAAUCUUGUAUUUUUGGCUUUGGCAUAUUGGAAAUUAGACCUAAAUUUCCUUUUACUGGUCUCUAAUUUCCAAUAAAAAAAAUUCAUGAAAUUUUCAUUAUGUGUGCCGAAUAGGCAUGAAACUUCUUGCAAUUAUAUGAUAAAUAGAUAUCCUCUUACACACUAA